CCUCUCUGGACUUUUUGGCGCGAUUCACUCUUUACAUACAAACCACAAACCAACGACCCUCAACUAUCGACCAAAGAAUCGCCCAUUGCACUCUUCACGGCAAACACGUAUCUAUUUCCCCUUGAACGGCUGCGCAUUCCAACACCGAGCGCAGAGCCACAGCCGACCAAACCCACAACAUCGUGAUUCGGCCCGCCCUCAUCAACCAUACCACGACCCACCACACGAUCGCCUCGCUCCGCGGGAACCACCCUCAGGGUGUGCUGAAGACGUGACCGGGGCAAACAGGACUGGAGAUUCCCAAGAAGCAUCCCGCACGGCCUACACAAACAAAACCCCCCUCCGAACCCCACGGCAGCAGCAGCAGCCGCCGCCGCCGCCCACAAUGUCGGACCUCGACACAUUCACGCAGCUCCCGAUCCAGCUGGACCCCAAGUCCAAAGCCCUCAGCAGCACCUCCGGCGGCUCGCGCGCGCUGGACGCGGAGCUCGCGACGCUGAACCAGCUGCACCGCAGCCUCCUGGCGCUCGAGACGCCGCACCCGGUGCCGCCGCCGCCCAUCCCCGUGAACCCCAAGCGCAGCGCCAACGUGUCCAAGCUGCGGGACAGCGGCAACUCGGAGUUCCGCAAGGCCCGCUACGCCGAGGCCGUCAAGUUCUACACGCUCGGCGUCCAGAUGGCCCUGACCAGGCCGCUCUGGGAGCCCCAGCAGCUCGUGCGCGAGGAGGCCGCGGGCCUGCUCGCCAACCGCGCGCAGUGCCACAUGGCGCUCCGCUGCUGGGCCGAGGGCGCCGUCGACGCCGAGGCCAGCGUCGAGGCCAAGAGGGCGGGCAACCCAAAGGCCUGGUGGCGCCGCGGCCGCUGCCUCAUGGAGAUGGGCAGGCUCGAGGAGGCGCGCGAGUGGGUCGGUAAGGGGCUCGAGAUGGAGGGCGAGGAGAACGAGCUGGUGGCUCUGCUCAAGGAGAUCGAUGCCAAGCUCGCAAAGGAGGCCAGCGCGGAGUCGUGAUUUUUGAAAAAAGCUUGCUUGUGUUUUUUUUUUUAGUUUUUUUUUAGUUCCUGUUCCGUGCUCUGGCGAGAGCGGCUGGCUAGGCUACGACAAUGACUUUUCUUUGUCGGCGGAAGAUGGUGUGUAUUUAUCUAGGUACCCGCCUACGUAGGUGGGUAUGCAUGUCUGGCGGUGCUUUCAUCUAUCCAUACGGCAAGAAAGCACCCAAGCGAGCCUGUGAAUAGAAUACCUCUUAGAUUUUAUUUUUCUCUCUCCAAGACGGUUGGCCGCCAUUUAGAUUCCUGCG